GGGAGUAUUGCUUUGGUGAUUUUACUGUUGAAUUUUGUUUGUUGCACAGGGUGGUUUGCAAAACCAACAGAAAAGACGACAUCUGUGAGUCCUCAUGAAGACAUGAAGGCAGCAUUUAUGGCUGAAAUGAAAGCUGAAAACAUCAAGCAGUUUCUUCACAAUUUCACACAGCUUCCUCACCUAGCAGGAACAAAGGAGAAUCUGCAUCUGGCAGAGCAAGUCCAAGCUGAGUGGAAGGAGUUUGGUUUGGAUUCUGUUCAGUUGAUUCAUUAUGAUGUCUUGCUCUCUUACCCUGAUGACACUAAACCCAACUACAUCUCAAUAAUUGAUGAGCAUGGAAAUGAGAUUUUCAACACAUCAUUAUCUGAGCCUCCUCCCCCAGGAUAUGAGGCUGUUAGAGAUGUGGUGCCACCCUACAGUGCAUUUUCAGCCCAAGGAAUGCCUGAGGGUGAGUUAGUGUAUGUGAACUAUGGCCGCACCGAGGACUUCUUUAAGCUAGAACGUGAGCUGGGAAUUAACUGCACAGGAAAGAUUGUUAUUGCCAGAUAUGGGAAGAUCUUCAGAGGAAAUAAGGUGAAGAAUGCUGAACUGGCAGGUGCCAAGGGAAUUAUUCUGUACUCUGACCCUGCUGACUACUGCGCCCCAGGAACAGAGCCCUAUCCAAGUGGCUGGAACCUUCCAGGUGGAGGAGCCCAGCGUGGAAAUGUAUUAAACCUGAAUGGGGCAGGAGAUCCUCUGACACCAGGUUAUCCUGCAAAAGAAUACACCUACAGAUUAGACAAAGCCAACGGUGUAGGUCUCCCAAAAAUUCCAGUUCAUCCCAUUGGCUAUCACGAUGCUGAGUCGUUACUGCGUAAUAUGGGAGGAAGUGCACCACCACAUAAUAGCUGGAAAGGAAGUUUGAAUGUAUCUUACAAUGUUGGUCCUGGUUUCACAACUAAUUAUUCUACAAGAAAAGUGAAAAUGCACAUUCAUAGCAACAAUGAAGUAAGAAGGAUUUACAAUGUGAUUGGUACCAUCAGAGGUGCAGUGGAACCAGACAGGUAUGUCAUUCUGGGAGGCCACCGCGACGCAUGGGUGUUUGGUGGCAUUGAUCCUCAGAGUGGUGCAGCCGUGGUUCACGAGAUUGUGAGGAGCUUUGGAGAACUGAAAAGGAAAGGAUGGAGGCCAAGGAGAACAGUGAUAUUUGCAAGCUGGGAUGCAGAGGAAUUUGGCUUGUUAGGAUCAACAGAGUGGGCUGAGGAAAAUGCCAAAAUAUUGCAAGCACGGGCAGUGGCUUAUAUCAAUGCAGAUUCCUCCAUCGAAGGAAACUACACGCUACGAGUGGAUUGCACACCACUGUUGUACAGACUGGUGUACAGUCUGACUAAAGAGAUACCAAGUCCUGAUGAGGGGUUUGAAGGAAAAUCUCUUUAUGAGAGCUGGUAUAAAAAAAAUCCAUCAAAAGAAUAUAAAGAGGUCCCCAGAAUAAAUAAACUGGGCUCUGGCAAUGACUUUGAAGCCUUUUUUCAACGUCUUGGCAUCGCUUCAGGCAGAGCACGUUACAGUAAAAAUUGGGAUGUAGAAAAAUACAGCAGCUAUCCAGUUUACCACAGUGUGUAUGAAACCUACGAAAUUGUGGAGAGGUUUUAUGAUCCCACUUUCAAGAAUCAUCUGACAGUAGCUCAGGUCCGGGGAGGGCUGGUCUUUGAACUGGCCAACUCCGUUGUGCUUCCUUUCGACUGCAGAGAUUACGCUUCAGCUGUGAGCAACUACGCUCACAUCAUCUACAACCUGUCAAGGAAUCAUGAAGAGGAACUGGCAACAUACAGUGUAUCCUUUGAUGCUCUCUUUUCAGCUGUGAAGAAUUUUACAGAAAUUGCUGCUAGCUUUCAUGAAAGACUGCAACAAGUAGAUAUCAAUAACCUACUUGCUGUCAGGUCACUAAAUGAUCAGCUCAUGUUUCUAGAAAGGGCUUUCAUUGAUCCUCUCGGAUUACCUGGCAGGCCAUUCUAUAGACAUGUUAUCUUUGCUCCAAGCAGCCAUAACAAGUAUGCAGGAGAAUCAUUCCCAGGGAUCUAUGAUGCCAUGUUUGACAUUCAAAACAAAGCUGAUCAACAGGAAGCCUGGGAAGAAGUGAAGAGGCAGAUUUCCAUUGCAGCCUUCACUGUACAGGCAGCAGCAGAAACACUGAAAGAAGCAGCAUAA